AUGGGCGAACCGCAAACUUACACGUUCAAGGUCGGCAUGACAUGCUCUGGAUGCAGCGGCGCUGUGAACCGCAUUUUGACCAAGACCGCAGGUGUCAACUCGUUCGAUAUCUCACUCGAAAACCAGACCGUCAUCGUCAAAUCCGACUCCCUGACGCAGCAGGAGGUGUUCGACGCGAUCAAAAAGUCUGGGAAGCCCGUUGAGCCUGUUUCUGCAUAG